CCCCCCACCAGCCACCAGCUUCCCCCAGCCCUGGUGACAAGCACCCGGUCUAUCUUCCCACAGGACCUGCCCUGUGCCCUAGGGCUUGGGGCGCUGUUGGCCCUGCCAGGGGUCCUGUGCUCGGGCGGCAGCACCGACAACGGGGGCUCGGGCUCUGGCACCGUCGUGCUGCUGCUGCUGCUGCUGCUCCUCCUGCUGGCCACCGGCCUGGCGCUGGCCUGGCGCCGCCUCAGCCGCGACUCGGGGGGCUACUACCACCCGGCCCGCCUGGGCGCCGCACUGUGGGGCCGCACCCGCCGCCUGCUCUGGGCCAGCCCCCCCGGCCGCUGGCUCCGGGCCCGGGCUGAGCCGGGGUCACCCGAUGAGGACCCAGAGCGGCAGCAGGACGAG